ACAGCGCUGUGACGUCAUUCCGCAUCCGGCCCUGCCUCUUCCUUUCCUCCCGGCCGCGCGCGAGGGUUUUCUGCUUAGUGCCUCGGCAGGAGCAGGGCAAGAUGCAGAACGACGCCGGGGAAUUCGUGGACCUUUAUGUCCCUCGGAAAUGCUCUGCCAGCAACCGAAUCAUUGGUGCUAAGGAUCACGCUUCCAUUCAGAUCAACAUUUCUGAGGUGGACAAGGUGACGGGCAGGGUGAAUGGCCAGUUCAAGACUUACGCCAUCUGCGGCCCCAUCCGGAGAAUGGGUGAAUCAGAUGACUCCAUUUUGCGUCUGGCAAAAAAUGAUGGAAUUGUGUCCAAGAACUUUUAACUGAAGAAACUCCGGUAUGGAACUUGUGAAAUAAACAGUUCAAAACUA